GCUUCAUACACUAUAUGUCAAAAUUAAACUAUCAAUAAGUUUCACUCUGUCGUAUGUUUGCAUUGAGCUCAGCUAAAUACGAAUAGCAAUGCAUGUCCUGGCACACAAUAAUAUGACCAAUUUGACAUUGACAUUAAUAACAUAACCUAACCACAUGGUACCAUGUUAUUAGGUUAGGUACUUUGAUUAUUUACCUACGUAGUUUGUACUUUCUUUGAAGGUGGAAAAGUAGAUGCAUAUAACAUUAGAAUAAAAAAAUAUAUCAAUGUUUCCUUUUUUUAGUAGUUCUACCAAAACACUAACAAACCGGAAAAUUGAAAGUCAAAAUGGCUGCAAAUACCACAUUUUCCUCCAGUCUUUUGGGAGCAACACCUGUAGAUCCUGGCUCUGUGGAGUUUCUGAUGUUUGAUAAUGAGGAAAUUAAAAAGUUAAGUGUUAUAAAAAUUACAAAUUCUACAUCAUUUGAUUCUUUGGGCAAUCCAACACCAGGUGGUCUUUACGAUUCUGCCUUGGGCCCAGUAAGAGAGCGGUUUGAUGCUUGCACUACUUGUAACAAUGUAUUACUCCAUUGUCCUGGACACUUCGGCCAUAUCGAGUUGCCCCUGACUGUAGUCAAUCCGCUCUUUCUUAAAAAUAUUUACACACUGUUUCGAAUAAGUUGCUUGAAAUGCUAUAAAAUUCAACUAAAUGACACAAUGAAAUCAAUAUUAAAACUUCAGUUGCAAUUGAUUGAUGCCGGCCAUGUUACAGAAGCUUUGGAUUUAGGAGAAAUCAAAGAAUUUGAAGACGAAAACUCUAAUAAACCCAACAAAAUUAUAAAGAAAUUUAAAAAAAUAUUAAAAAAAACUGACCCUGUCGCUGAAGUAUUUCAUAGCAAAAAUACUGAUAGGCUACGAUCUAAGAUCCUUAAUAAUAUCUUUAAGACAAUCAGCAUUACAAAAAAAUGUAUGUAUUGUAGAGUUAAACUUAUUAAAGUUACUACAUCAGAAGGUAGAUUGAUGUAUAAUUCCAGUGCAGAUGGAUUAGGGAAGGGUAUAAAAAUUAUGAUGCCAGAUGAAAUUAAACAAUUUGUAAGUAAAAUUUGUGAAAAUGAUGAGGAUAUUCUUAUAGCUUGUCUACCUGUAUUGAAGAACUCUAAACAAAAACCAGUUACAGAUGUAUUCUUUAUGGAAGUUCUACCGGUGCUUCCACCCUGUGUGAGGCCUUGUAAUGUACUUCAAGGUGAAUUAGUUGAGCAUCCUCAAACAAAUGCUUAUAAAAAUAUUCUCAACACUGCUUUUUCUGCGAGAGCCAUUUUGCAAGUAUUAUCAUCAGCGGAUCACCAAAACGCUAUUGACACUUUAGACCAAAAACCAAGAAGUCAUUAUGAAGGAGUUCCUGGCAAUUCUGCACCUGAAAAAUUACAUGUAGUUUGGCAGUAUUUACAAAAAGAUGUAAAUAACCUUCUGAGUUGUGAUGGUCAAGGAUCAAAUAGUCUUGGUCUUAAACAAAUACUAGAGAAAAAAACUGGUGCGAUAAGAAUGCACAUGAUGGGCAAAAGGGUAAACUUUGCUGCUCGAUCUGUCAUUACUCCGGAUCCAAAUGUAGACAUUGAUGAAAUUGGAAUUCCAGAUGCCUUUGCAAAAAAGCUUACAUAUCCUGUGCCAGUAACAGAAUGGAAUGUUGAUGAACUAAGAAAAAUGGUCAUCAAUGGCCCAAAUGUGCACCCAGGUGCUGAGAAAUUAGAAAUAGAAAAAGGGAGAGUUAUAAGAAUACCUCCUGACUCUAUUCAAAAGAGAAAAAGUCUUGCUAAAAGAUUGCUGACCCCUGAUGAAUAUAAAUCUUCAGGUUUGAAAAUUGUGCAUAGGCAUUUGGUAAAUGGGGAUGUCAUGAUACUAAAUCGACAACCAUCUUUGCAUAAACCUAGUAUGAUGGCUCAUAGAGCAAGAAUCCUUCAAGGUGAAAAAACUCUAAGGUUGCAUUAUGCCAACUGCAAAUCUUACAAUGCUGACUUUGACGGGGAUGAAAUGAAUGCCCAUUUUCCUCAAAAUGAAAUUGCUAGAAGUGAAGCUUAUAAUAUUAUGUCUGUUAGAAAACAGUAUCUUGUCCCAAAAGAUGGGACACCAUUGAGUGGCUUGAUUCAAGAUCAUGUCAUAUCUGGUGUGAAAAUGUCAUUAAGAGGAACUUUCUUUACAAAAUCAGACUACCAGCAGUUAGUAUUCCAAGCUUUAUCAAAUCACAGAGGUGAAAUUAAACUUCUUCCUCCAACUAUUUUAAAACCUGUUACAUUGUGGUCAGGAAAGCAAGUUUUGUCAACUAUUAUAAUCAACAGUAUACCAAAAGGAAAGCCUUAUCUAUCAUUAGAAGGAAAAGCUAAAAUCAAUUCAAAGGCUUGGCAGAAAUACCCUCCUAGAGCUUGGAAAGCAGGAGGUAGUAACUUCCUCAAUACAGACAUGAUGUCUGAAGCUGAAGUCAUCAUUAGAAAUGGAGAACUUUUGUCUGGUGUAUUAGACAAAACUCACUAUGGUGCAACACCUUAUGGAUUAAUUCACUGCAUGUAUGAAUUGUAUGGAGGUGACAGUUCUAGUGCACUAUUAAGUUCAUUUUCAAAAGUAUUUACAUUUUAUUUGCAAUGGAUUGGAUUUACUCUUGGUGUCAAAGAUAUUCUGGUUACUGAAGAAGCUAAUAGAAAACGUGAAGAAAUUGUAUGUCUGGUUCGUCAAGCUGGACGCUUGGCUGCUUUAAAAGCAACAGAAUUACCAGGAGAUGUUAAAGAUAGCGAAUUAAAGGAAACAGUUGGUGAAAUGUACACAAAUGAUCCAAAAUUUAGGGGUAACUUAGAUAGGCAAUACAAAAAUAUGCUUGAUUCAUACACUAAUAAUAUAAAUAAUGUAUGUUUAGUAGAAGGUUUACUUGAAAAGUUCCCUUAUAAUAAUCUUCAGUUGAUGGUUCAAUCUGGAGCUAAAGGAUCAACUGUCAAUACCAUGCAGAUUUCAUGCUUACUUGGUCAAAUUGAAUUAGAAGGUAAAAGGCCACCUUUGAUGAUAUCAGGAAGGUCGCUUCCAAGUUUCCCACCAUACGACAUUUCUCCAAGAGCUGGUGGAUUUAUAGACGGGCGUUUUAUGACUGGAAUACAACCACAAGAAUUCUUUUUUCACUGCAUGGCUGGUCGUGAAGGUCUUAUUGAUACUGCUGUCAAAACCAGUCGAUCGGGGUAUUUACAGAGAUGUUUGAUAAAACACCUAGAAAGUUUAAAUGUAGCUUAUGAUCACACUGUAAGAGAUUCCGAUGGCAGCAUCGUCCAGUUUGCUUAUGGCGAAGACGGUCUAGAUGUGUUGAAAUGUCAAUAUUUAAAAAGUGAACAACUUCCAUUUUUAGACAAAAACUCCAACGCUGUUGUUAGUAAAUCAACAGUCAAAAAGCUUAAAAGAGACAUUGAUGAAAAAAGGAUUGCAAAACUGUAUAAGAAACUUAAUAAGUGGAAAAAUAAAUACGGAAGCCCAUUUGAAAAACGUCGUAUCAGUGCUUUUUCACAAUUUUCGGCCCAAGCCAAAAAUGACAUCAGUCUCGAUAAGGUUCCAAUGGAUAAAACUAGAGAUCCAUAUUAUUGGGAAUUAGAAAAAAUGUGGCGAUCAUUAGAAGAAGAUGAUAAAUCUCAAUAUACCAAAAAACCUUGCCCAGAUCCAAUUCCUAGUAUAUAUUCACCAGAAUACAAAUUUGGUGUUAUAAAUGAACAAUUAGAUAAUAUUAUACAAAAUUAUCUAAAAAAUAGACCAGAGAAUGCUUAUGAUAUUAAAACGGAUAAGGGAAAAUUCGUAGAAGUAAUGAAUGCUAAAUAUCUUGAAUCAAUGGCUGCUCCUGGAGAACCUGUGGGCCUUUUAGCUGCACAAUCAAUAGGUGAACCUUCUACUCAGAUGACACUGAAUACUUUUCACUUUGCCGGUCGAGGUGAUAUGAACGUCACUCUAGGUAUCCCACGCCUCCGCGAAAUAUUAAUGACUGCAUCAUCAAAGCUUAAGACGCCCAACAUGGACAUACCACUCAGGGCUGACAUUCCGGAUGUGUAUAAUAAAGCUGAGAAAUUGAAACAGAUGCUCAACAGAGUUACUGUCGCUGACGUUCUUGAAAAGAUUCAUGUGCAGUGUAAAAUCGUUACAGAACCCGAUAGACAAUUAAAAACAACAAUGAGAUUUCAAUUUCUACCGCAUUCACAAUAUAAAACUCAAUUUAAAGUAAAACCAAAGCAAAUUAUAAAGCACAUGCAAAAAACCUUUUUUGAAGAAAUGUUUAGUGUAAUUCGUCGACAAGCGAAGACUACUUCUGGCGUGCUUUGGUCUUCUGAUAAGGAAAAGAAACGACGCCGCGGCGGCGGAGGCGAUGAUAACGAAGAAGACGAUGAAGGUCCUGAAGUAAAAGGUCAAGCUGAUAAUGCAAAUGACAGUUCUGAUGACGAAGGACCCAAUGAAGACGACGAUAACACGGAUGCCAACAUUCGAAAGAAAAGAUCAGAAGAACAAGAGUAUGAAGACCCAGAAUCGGAAGAAGAAGACAAGUCAGAUGAUGAAUUAGAAUUAGUUGAGAAAGAAAAUGACGAAGACAACCGGGAAACAAACAAAUCUGAAGAAGCACCUGAAGUGAGCAAGGUAAAUUCUAGUGUCGUAGAUAAUCUGGAUAAUGCAACAAAUUACAUAUUUGACACAAAACUUUAUCAGUGGUGCCAAUUAACUGUGCUAUUCCCUAUUGAUUUUUUGAGAGUAGAUUUAUCACAAGCUCUAAAGGAUGCUGCUAAGAAAUCGGUAAUUCACGAAGUAAAAAAUAUUAAGAGAGCAAUUGUUAAUGAAGAAAAAAAUCAAGUGUACAUUAAAACUGAAGGAAUUAAUAUUUUGCAAAUGUUUAAAUAUAAUCAUCUUUUCGAUAUGAACAAGUUAUACAGCAAUGAUAUUCACGCCAUAGCUAAUACUUAUGGUAUAGAAGCAGCUAAUAAAGUUAUAAUAAAGGAAAUUCAGAACGUAUUCGAUGUAUACGGCAUCACAGUUGAUCCGAGACAUUUAUCAUUGAUUGCGGAUUACAUGACUUUCAAUGGAGUAUUUGAACCAAUGAGUCGCAAGGGUAUGGAAUCUUCUGCAUCCCCACUUCAACAAAUAUCAUUUGAAUCUUCGCUGAUAUUUUUGAAAGAUGCCAUUAUUAACGCAAAGAAAGAUAACUUACGCUCGGCUUCUAGUUGUCUUAUGUUGGGACAGCCGUGCCGUAGCGGCACCGGCGCUUUCGGUGUGCACCACUACAGCAAACUUAUAGAAUAAGUAAAAAAAAAGCCUUUGAUAUUAAACAAUAUAAAAUUGUUUUCAAUCUGUGUUUUAUUUUGUCUAUGAAAUAAAACCAAC